AGAAACCGAGAGACAGACAAGAGAGAAAGCAAAGAGGAGGGCGAGAGAGGGAGAAAGACUUGGGAUCAGCAGAGAGGGGAGGGGAAAAAAAAGUUGGACACGGGUAAUCUUGCAGUAACUUUUUUUCCCUCUUUCCUUUCUCUGUGGAAGAAGACUCCAGAGGGGGGGGAAUCAAGGGGACAAAAAACAGACUGGAUUACAUUUGUCUGCAUUUGCAUCGCCCUGCAAGUUUCCCAAACCGGACCUUGGAUAUAUAAACGCACAACAACGGAUUAAUGUGGUCGCAAAUUUGUGGAUUUAUCAGUAAUUGAAGCUGGUGGCCGGGGUGAGGUGAGGUGAGGUGGUGUUUUUAGGAGGAGUAAAACCAUGUGGCUUCUCUGCUCCUCUCUGGCUGUGUUGGCCCUCAGCUUUGGAUCAUGUGACCCUCUGGUGUCCGAGCAAGAUGUGCAGUGCCCAUCCUUACAAGUGGAGGACUGGAGGUUUCCUCAGAGUGCCCGGACAGACAUCACUGGCUUUAAUCUGGUGAGGCGAUUUUCCCUGCUCAAGAGUAAAGAUGUCAAGAAGAUCCGCAACCCUCAAGGACCCGUCAUCCUCCGCUUGGGCAAGACUGCACUCUUACGACCCAGCGACCAGGUGUUCCCCCAUGACCUGCCGGAGGAGUUCACUCUGGUCUUCACCCUGGCAUUAAAGAAGGCUGCCUUGAGGGACACCAUCUACCUCUUUCAGAUAUCGGAUACGCAGGGAUAUCCACAGUUCUCUGUAGAUAUCAAUGGCCCAGAUCGCACCCUGUCCCUUCGAGCCCGAGGGGCAGACCCUGCAGCUAACCUGGUGGGUUGUGUUUUCACCGGGGAGGGAGUAGAGGCCCUAAUGGAUCUGCGUUGGCACAAGCUGGCCCUCAGUGUGCAACACGGAGCUGCUUCACUCCAUGUGGAUUGCAGCACCAUUGAGACCAAACCCCUGGAACCCAGAGGAGCCCUGCCCACCGAUGGACACACUCUGCUGGGUAUUCGGGCAUCAGAUGCUGGGCCUGUGCAAAUGGACAUUCAGCAGGCGAUGCUAUAUUGUGACCCCUCACUUGCCAUUCAAGAGGCCUGCUGUGAGAUACCUGGGGCACGGUGCCCUCCUGAUGCUCCCAAGAGCCGUCGGGCUGCUGAAAACGACCUGUUGGACGGCACGUUCAAUCAGGAGAUUUUUGCAUCCAAGGAUCUUGCAGAAAAAUGUGGGGGGUGUUUACUCCUGAAUAGGGAAGAAAAUGUUGUAAACUUUGGCGGGGUUGCUGGGUUGAAAGGGGAAAAAGGCGACCGGGGUGAUGACUGUUCUGGCUCCCAUUCAGGUCCAUGCACAGAGGGACCCAAGGGGCAGAAGGGAGAGAAAGGCGAGUCGGCAACCCCUGCUAACUGGGGCGAAGCAGCUGGGUACAAGGGAGAAAAAGGUCAGAAGGGAGAGAGAGGCCCACUGGGUCUGACGGGCACCCCAGGAAAGGAUGGUCGAGCAGGGUCAGUCUGUGUAGUUGGCCCCAAAGGACAGAAGGGUGUCCCCGGUAUGGUGGGUCCGGAAGGAUUGGCAGGGGAGCCGGGAAAGCCAGGACGUCCAGGCCUACCAGGGGUAGGAAAACCAGGGCCUCCAGGCCCUCCUGGUGAUCCGGGUGGUGCAAAAGGAGAAAAGGGAGAUCAAGGACCUUCAGGAGACGAUGGAUUUCCUGGAGAACCAGGGCCAAGAGGACCACCUGGGUCUAAAGGAGAAAAGGGUGACCCAUGCGAAGUGUGUCCAGUGCUGUCUACAGACGUAGGCAACACAGUGGCUCUGCAAGGGAAACCUGGAGAGCCUGGAUUACCAGGGAUAGGAGAGAGAGGACUGCCUGGUCUUCAAGGUGCAGAUGGCAAGGAAGGACAGAAGGGAGAACCAGGAUCUGAUGGCGCCAAAGGCGAAAAGGGAGAGCCGUGUUCUGUGUGCCCCAAUCUCAGAGAGGUUUCUAACUCUGUGCCCAGUGUCAUGACCGUGACCGAACAGCAGAAGGGCGAGAAGGGAGCACCUGGAAUUGGGCAGAAAGGAGAGAAAGGAGAGCCAGGAGUUGCCGGGCCCCUUGGCCUUAGAGGAGAGAAGGGCAAUACAGGCAGCAGAGGAGCUGAUGGGAAGCUUGGAAAAGCUGGACCGAGGGGACCAGUUGGCAAGGAUGGAGAGAAAGGUGCAAAGGGAGAACAAGGGCUGCCUGGUGUUGGUAAUCCGGGCCAAAAGGGUGAGAGGGGCGAGUGUGGUGUGUGCGAGCCAUUAGAGGUUGGCCGUGGACCUGCUAACAUCAAAUUACCAGAUGGAGCAAAAGGCAAUAAAGGUGAACCAGGCCCUCAGGGGCUACCAGGACCACCAGGUCUUGGGGCUGAAGGCAAACAGGGCCCACCGGGUCUGCCUGGUGCCCGAGGAGAAAAGGGUGAACAAGGAGAUCAAGGAGAUAAGGGAUUAGAUGGAGCUCCUGGAGCCCCAGGACUGCCUGGAGACCAUGGUCGGGAUGGCCAACGGGGACUGAAGGGAGAGAAGGGGGAUGCAUGUACCAGCUGUCCUUCUGUUGGUGCUGUGGUGGGUGAUAGUGUAGCUGUGCCAGGCCCCAAAGGAGAGAAAGGAGAACCUGGUCCUGCAGGAGAAGGAAAGCCUGGGAAAAAUGGAAAACCAGGUUUACCUGGAGUGCAGGGCCCUGCCGGUCCCAAAGGAAUCAAAGGAGAAGCCGGAGUUCCAGGAAUUGGCCUUCCAGGACCACAGGGUGAAGAGGGACCAAGAGGACUCCCAGGACUUGUAGGACCUGCCGGUGCCAGAGGAUCACCUGGACCUGCUGGCCCUGAAGGGGAGAAGGGCUCCAAAGGUGACAGCGGGCUUCCUGGACCGCCUGGGCCACAGGGGAUUGGAGUAGCAGGGCCCCCGGGUAGAGAUGGAGCCCGCGGCUCCGUAGGACUGCCGGGAGCUGAUGGAAGACCUGGACAUGAUGGAGCUAAAGGGGACAAGGGUGAACCUGGAGAGUGCAACUGCAUAAUGCCGCACACGGGCGUAGGUGGACCUGGAGCUCCAGGAAUUCCAAUAAACACGUGGCAGCCCGGGCCUCAGGGCCCCCCAGGACCUCCUGGCCCACCUGGACCCCCUGGGCCACAGGGGGUUACUGGAAUUCAAGGACCUCAGGGUAUCCCUGGAAACGACGGGCUACCGGGGAAACCGGGUUUGCCUGGAAACAUCGGCUACACUGGACCAAACCAGCCGCUUCAAGACUCCACGACACGACAGGAUGACGACUGCGAAGGGGGAUGUUCCCAAGGGUCGCCAGGGGUGCCUGGGAUGAUUGGUGCCAAGGGAGAAAAAGGAGACCAGGGCAAGCCUGGUGUAACUCCCUUGGACAGCUGUGACUUGUGUUUGGAGAGACUUCAGAGGGAGCAGGCAACACAACCAAGGGGUGAUCAGUCCUGCGUAGGAACACCUGGAGUCCCAGGAAUGUCUGGAUCACCAGGAAUAAAAGGAGAGCCGGGUACACCUGGAGAAAGAGGCCAAGCCGGAAUACCUGGAAACAUGGGACCUCCUGGAUUUCCAGGUCCUCAGGGCCCACCUGGUUUACCUGGUCAACAGGGUGAGCGAGGGUCAGAUGGCCUCGCAGGAAUGAAGGGCGAUCAGGGUCCUCCAGGGACGCCUGGGUAUCCAGGAACCAUGGGCCCUCCUGGACUGCCUGGACUCAAGGGCGAACGUGGAAGUCCAGGAAGCAAUGGCCAAAAAGGAGAAUCAGGUCCUCCUGGUAACCCUGGGUAUCAAGGACAAGCUGGAUUGCCGGGCAUUAAAGGAGACACAGGACCAGCAGGGCCUACUGGUGCUAAGGGGGAUCAGGGUUUCCAAGGACAACCAGGUUUCCCAGGACCACCCGGACCACCAGGUCCUGCUGGCAAAACUGGAAGGGAAGGGCUUUCUGGGCUCAAAGGGGAAAAGGGCAACGAUGGUGCUCAAGGCCCUCAAGGCCCAAGCGGACCCCCCGGCUCACCCGGCUCUCCAGGAUUGAUGGGCCCCCGUGGCAUUGAUGGAAUGGACGGAAAAGACGGGAAACCAGGACUGCGGGGAGAGACAGGCCCUCCAGGCCCAGCAGGACUCAGGGGAAUGCCAGGAUUCAAAGGGAAAACCGGCCACGUUGGCUUUCCCGGACAGAAGGGUGAAGCCGGACCUUCAGGUCCACCUGGACCACCUGGCAGACCGGGACAUGAGGGUGAUCCAGGUACCCCAGGACUUCAGGGUCGACCUGGACCCCCGGGCCACCUUGGUUCUACAGGUCCAGCUGGACCUCCAGGACCUCCUGGUCCAUCAGGAGUGGGAAUAAAAGGAGAUAAGGGCCAGGCUGGAGAGAGGGGUCUCCCAGGGAUGGUAGGACCCCCAGGGCCGCCAGGGCACCCAGGGCCUAUGGGCGAGCCAGGCAGUGAUGGUGCUUCUGGAAAAGAUGGGGUGGCAGGCGUGCCAGGGGACAAUGGGCAGCCAGGGCAAAAGGGUGAGGCAGGGGCUCCUGGCCAGAGGGGUCCUCCGGGAGAAAGAGGUAGGCCAGGGCCCCCUGGUGGUGGAGCAUAUACCUCCAAGGAUGCACAGCCCAUGAUUGGCCCAGUUGGCCCCAGAGGGGAAAGGGGAAGCCCAGGCACAGCAGGCCCCCCCGGGCCCUCUGGUGCUCAAGGAUCGCCAGGAAAUGACGCUGUUGUCAAUUAUGAUGAAAUCAAGAACUUCAUUCGUCAGCAGGUCAUUAAGAUCUUUGAUGAGAGAAUGGGCUAUUACAUGUCUCGCAUGCAGAUGCCAGUAGAGAUGGUGGCAUCCCCAGGUCGGCCUGGGCCUCCAGGGAAAGAUGGAAGUCCAGGUAGUCCAGGGGCACCAGGUGCCCCCGGUCUCCCGGGACAGAUUGGCAGACAAGGCAGGCCAGGAGGACAAGGACCCGCAGGACCACGAGGACCAACAGGAGAAAAAGGAGACAAGGGUGUCGGCGAGAUGGGAGAUGUAGGACCUCCAGGAGCACCAGGUGUUCCAGGCCCCCCAGGCUAUGGUAAGAUGGGACCCCCUGGUCCUGUUGGCCAGCAGGGUGUUCCCGGGGUCCCAGGCCCUCCUGGACAGACGGGUUCACAAGGAAAGGAUGGCCGCUGUAAUCCUGCAGACUGCAUGAGCCAUGUAGUAGACUACAGCCCCAAGGGCCCACCUGUCAAGGGCCCCUGGUAAAGGGCUAGAGGCGAUGGAGGAGAGGGGCAGGGAACUGAAGCAAAAAAGACUACAUGGAGAAGAAAGAAAGCCAAAGACCAUGACCCAAAGUUAUUAAGUCUGACCACAAGAUGGAAUACAGGCACCGCCUUUGUUGUUGAAUAGCUAGAUUUACCCUCACCGAUUUCCUCUGUAGUUCUGAGCAAACAUCCACCAUUUCUUUCUAAGGGCCUCGCUGGAACUGAGACCUGCAAAGAUACACCAGCAGCACAUUUUCAUGGCAUCAUUGUUGUUCCCCUGUGGAAGAAAAUUCAUUGCUUUAUUUCUUGCUCUUAUUUUGUUCUUGCCUCUCUUUUCUCACUGCGUUUUAUUCCUAUUGUAUGUUUUCAAACAGCUCAGGAGAGGUGACAAGAAUCACAAUCUGCAGUUUGUUCUUUUCUUUUUUUUUUUAAUUCUGGUCUCUGCUGUUAUUUUAUUUUCCUUUUUACAUUUUCUUUGUCUAAAUCUGUAGGAAGAGAAUACACACAAUUAUUUUAGCGCUGUUGCCAUCUCUCAUAUCUCUGCUCCUUUCUGACACAAUCCUGUUCUGAGUGCAUCCCAUGCAUUUCUAAUAUUCUGUGUCACUGCCUGAGGUGUGAAACAUAUUUGAAUUUGACUUUUAAGAGAAUACCCCUAGAAAUAUUUUCCACUUCCAUAGAAACAGAUGUCACAAACCCGUAUUCGUGGAGUAUCUGAUGGAUUGACUGUUCUGUAUAUAUUUAUUUUUAUAUAUAUAUAUAUUUGGUGGCUUUUUAUACGCUUUCAAAUGUUUUGAUAAAACAUAACCUCACGGCUAACCACUUGUUUUUUAUUGUCCAUGGUUUUUCAGCAAUAAAAAGUGCCAAAAAAUUGAUUUUUUUUUCUAAGGUCUAUAAGUUUUCAAAAUGGAAUAAUGUGUUUAGCCAAAGACAGCUUAUUUAUAGAAGAAAAUUACUUUUACACAGGAAGCACAUUGGAUUUUGUAAUUAUGUUACUAAAGUUCAUUUUUUGUCCCUUUAAUGCCAAUAUGUUUGAAAAUGCAACCAUUUUAAAGAAUUCCAUUCCAUUUUGUAUUUCAAAGUAGCCGUGAAAGCCGAUUCACUGCCCGCUUUUAAGAAGAAGGGGAAAACACGAGUAGCAAUUGGGCCCAUUUACCACAGGUACUGUAAUCCAGCACAACCACCAGACCCUCGCAGUCACAUAACGAUAAGAAGAUUCUGAAAAGCCUCACAAAGUGCUUUUGCAGUGUUACAUGUUACUGUAUUUUGGGGUUUUAUCUGUUAUUUUUUUUAAUCAUUUUUAUAUCUGGAACUCCAUGAAGCUGUGGUCAGACUUUUCUUUUCCACAAAAUAACCCAUGGGGAAUGUUAAACUGAAUUAAAUUGCUUUUCAAAAA